AUGUCAAAUAUUGAAACUUCCAAAUUAUAUGAAUCAAUAAUUGAUGAUGUUAUAAAUGAUUCACGACAAGAUUUUGAAAAUAGUGGAAUUGAUGAAGCUACAUUAGAUGAAUUAAAAAAAAUAUGGUGCGAAAAAUUAUCAAAUACUGGUGUCGCUAAUUUCUCUUGGGAUAAUGAAGAUAAUGUUAAAGAAGAAGAAGUUGAAGAAGAAGAAGUAAAAGAAGAAGAAGAAGAAGAAGAAGUAGAAGUACACGCACGGCAAAUAGAAAAUCAAUUCACAACAGAAGAAAUUAAUCAUCUCAAUCAACCAAUAACAAAUACUAAUACUAAUAAUAACAAUAUCCAAAUUAAACAAGAACCAAAUUUAGGUAUUGAAUUACCACCAAUAAUUAAAGCUGAAAAUAAUUCAGAUAAUAAUAUUAAUAAUAAUCAUGGGUUAGCACUUCCUAAAUUAAAUCAAACAGAUGGGUCAUUUGAACUAACUAUAUAUACUGAAGAUGGUAAUAAAUUGAUGCAAAAUAUAAAAAAUAAAAAUAAAAAUUUAAAUAAAAAACUACAACAAGUUGAUGGUACAUUGGAUGAUGAAGAAGAUGAUGAAGAUGAUGAUGAUGGUGAUAUGUUUAAUGAUUCAGAUGAUAUAAAUUCAGAUUUAGAUGAUUUGGAAAGUGAAAAAUCAGAAGAAGAAGAUGGUGAUCAAGAAGGUCAAAUUAUGUUAUGUCUUUAUGAUAAAGUUCAAAGAAUUAAAAAUAAAUGGAAAUCAAGUUUAAAAGAAGGUAUAGCUAAUAUAAAUCAAAAAGAUUAUGUAUUUCAUAAAGCUACUGGGGAAUGUGAAUGGUAA